GGGACUUUCCGGCGCCGCCGGGAAGGAGAAGGGGCGGGCGGGGCGGCCGGGCGUCAGGUGCGCGGGCGGCGGGGAGAGCGAGGCGAGAGCGCGGCCGGGCUGGGGCGCGGGGCGCCAUGCUGGGGGCCCGGGCCGUCGCCUUCUGGCCGCGGCUGCGACCGAAGCUGCUGCUGCUGCCGCUGCUGCUGCUGCUGUGCGACCGGUGCCCCCCGCAGGGCAGCCCCGGGCCGCUACAGUGCUAUGGAGUCGGGCCCCUGGGCGACUUGAACUGCUCCUGGCAGCCCGUCGGGGACCUGGGAGCGCCCUCCGCGCUGCAGCUCCAGAGCCAGAAGUACCAUUCCAAAAGAAACUGGACUGUGGCCGUGUCAGCAGGGCAGAGCUGGGUGAUCAUUUUGCGGGAAGAGCUCACCAUGUCUGAUGAACUCCUCGUCUGGGGGAUCCAGGCAGGCCGGCCUCUCUGGCCCCCAGUCUUUGUGAACCUGGAAACCCGAAGUAACAGGCGGGGUGGGGGAUGCGCUGGGUGUUGGGUGGGUGGUCCUGGAGGCCCUGGCUCACCCCACCCUGGCCCCCCUUCCAUAGUGAAGCCGGACGCCCCCCGGCUCUUCCCUGACGUGGACUUUUCAGAGGAUGACCCCCUGGAGGCCACUGUCCAGUGGACCCCGCCUGCGUGGCCGCCCCAUAAGGCUCUGGUCUGCCAGUUCCACUACCGAAGGUGCCAGGAGAUGGCCUGGACCCUGCUGGAACCAGAAGUGAGGUCCAUCCCCCUGGCCCCUGUUGAGAUCCAGGACCUGGCGCUGGCCACCGGCUACGAGGUGUCUGGUCGCUGCCGAAUGGAGAGAGAAGAGGAUCUGUGGGGCGAGUGGAGCCCUGUUCUGCCCUUCCAGACCCUGCCCUCUGACAUGUGGAUAUCGGGAAAGCUGUGUGGGCCACGAGGUGGACAAGAACGCCUGCUUCUGUGGAAGGCCCCGGGGCACUGCCCGCCACGGCAAUACAGGGUCUGCUUCCCGGGCGCGUGCCAGGAGCCGGUCGCCUGCUGCAGCCACGACGUCCCCGCCCGGGCAGAGUGGGUCGGGCUGUCUGUCGCCGGCGCCCACGCCACCAGCCGGCCGCCCCUGGCCAAUCUCUCUCUGGCCUGCUUGGGUCCGGGCUCUGCCCCCCACGGCGUGGCGGUCGGCAUCGCUGGGAGCACAGGGCUGCUAGUCACUUGGCAACAGGACCCCGGGGAGCUGCGGGAGCAUGUGGUGGACUGGGCUUCAGACGGGGCGCCCCUGCAGGACCUCGCCUGGGUCCGGCUUCCCCCUGGGAACCUCAGCACUCUAUUGCCAGGGCGCUUCGAAGCGGGGGUCCCCUACCGCAUCACGGUGACGGCUGUCUCUCCCGGGGGCCUGGCCCCUGCCCCCUCCGUCUGGGUGUUCGGAGAGGAGCUAGCACCCCUGGCGGGACCAGCGCUUUGGCGACUCCAGGAUGCCCCGCCGGGGACCCCCGCUGUGGCGUGGGGAGAGGUCCCCAGGCGCCAGCUUCGGGGCCGUCUUUCCCACUACACCUUGUGUGCACAGAGUGGGACCAGGCCUUCCGUCUGCAUGAAUGUGAGUGGCAGCAUCCAGAACAUCAGCCUGCCCGGCCUUCCCUGGGGUCCCUGUGAGCUGUGGGUGACGGCGUCCACCAUCGCAGGACAGGGCCCGCCGGGUCCCAGCCUGCGGCUCCACCUUCCAGAUAACACCCUGAAGUGGAAAGUCCUGCCAGGUGUCCUGCUCCUGUGGGGCUUGCUCUUGACCGCCUGUGGCGUGAGCCUCGCCAUGUCCGGAAGGUGCCUCCCCCUGCGGCACAAGGUGCUGCCCCGCUGGGUCUGGGAGAAGGUCCCCGAUCCCGCCAACAGCCGCUCCGGCCAGCCCCACCUGGAGGAGGUGCCCCAGGCCCAGCCCCCUGGGGACCUGCCGGUCCUGGAAGUGGAGGAGGUGGAGCCGCUGCCCGUUAGGGAGCCCCCUCGGGCCUCCACCCCGCUGGACUCUGGGUAUGAGAAGCACUUCCUGCCCACACCCGAGGAGCUGGGCCUUCUGGGCCCCCAUCCAGGCCCCAGGCUCUGGCCUGAACCCACCCCAGGCCGUGAGAGGGAUGCUCAUUUGACAGAUGAAGACACUGAGGCUCAGAGAGGCUGAGUCACUUGCCUGAGGACACCCAGCCAGGAAGAGCCGAGAUAGAAGGACCCCCUAUGGAGAAGGGCCUGGCCCUCCUGGGAAUAUACGGAUGGAUGAGGGAGCCAAGGGAAAUAUGUGAGUCAGACUGGCAGCUGCCUCCCUGCGUCUGUCCUGCUGCUGUGACAGAACUGGAGUGGGGCGCACACCCAGCGUCCCCUGCAGCUCGGGGCAACCGUGGACCGAGUCUCGCCAAUGGACCCGGGGGAGAAGGGGCGUGUGCCAGCCCCGGGGCUCGGUAUGCUCCUUCCCUGUCCUGCGACAUGAGCUGGAGCAUUGCAGUGACCAAGAGCCAGCUCCGGCCACACCCUAGGGGAGGGUGGGGGUGACAAGAGGAAGGGAGCCCUGUCACGAGGGACCAUGGAGCCGAGCCACCAGAGCAAUAAAUCUUUCUAUUUUUAUA